ACCUGCACACUGCUUCCCCUACCCCCUUCCCCCCUCGAACUCGCUGCACAACCUGAAACUCCUCCCCUACACCCUCCCACCAGAUCUCAGAUCCGCCGAGCUCCGGCCAGCGCGCCCCCAAUGGCGGUCAAGGUCUACGUCGUAUAUUACUCCAUGUAUGGUCAUGUUGGUAAACUAGCUGACGAGAUCAAGAAAGGUGCUUCUUCAGUCGAAGGAGUGGAAGUUAAAGUGUGGCAGGUCCCUGAAAUCCUCUCUGAGGAAGUCCUGGGCAAGAUGGGUGCCCCUCCCAAGACCGACGUGCCGAUCAUUUCUCCUCAGGAGCUGGCCGAGGCUGACGGCAUCCUCUUCGGUUUUCCCACGAGGUUCGGCAUGAUGGCCUCGCAGAUGAAGGCGUUCUUUGACGCUACCGGCGGCCUGUGGAGGGAGCAGAGCCUCGCUGGCAAGCCCGCCGGUGUCUUCUUCAGCACGGGAACCCAGGGCGGAGGACAGGAGACCACUCCGCUGACUGCUGUGACCCAGCUGACCCACCACGGGAUGGUGUUCGUGCCCGUCGGGUACACUUUCGGCGCUAAGAUGUUCGACAUGGAGAAGGUGCAGGGCGGCAGCCCGUACGGCGCCGGCACGUUCGCGGGUGACGGGUCGAGGUGGCCGUCGGAGAUGGAGCUGGAGCACGCCUUCCACCAGGGCAAGUACUUCGCGGGCAUCGCCAAGAAGCUCAAGGGCUCCGCUGCCUGAAUGACCGCUUGAUAGGUGUUGGUGCUGCACUGCUGCUGCUAUCUGUAUCUGUGGAUCUUAAGUUCGCAACGACACCAGAUUGCGAACACUGUUAAUUACGGCUUUGAUUGAACUGGUUGUAAAAUUUGUAAGUGGAUUUUGUGUUUCGUAAUAGUAUCAUAUAUCAUGUAACAUAAUCCA